AUCCAGUAUAUCGAGUGUUUGUACACAAAAAAUACAAUUAUUGUACGUUCUCCUUUUUUAAAACCAGUUGACAAGCAUUGUAAUAGACAUUGCUAUUUUUGUUUGAAAUCAAUUACCAAUAAAAGUAAAACUACCCUACAAUUCUAUGAAGCUGAAACUCAUAUCAAAUUCGACACAUGUACCAGCCCUGCAACCGUAAUACGAUGACCAAAUUCAAUUAAAUCACACACGAGCACCAUUCAACCAAUCGCUAUGCAUAAUCGCAUCACCUGUAAGGCGUCACCCACGAGGAUUCAAGUUCAAUCAGUCCAUUAAACACCAUCAGACAGCCGCUGCAUAUUGAUGACCCGCCCCUGGUAUAUAAGCCGCGGGUGUCUAGCAUUUGGCACAUUCGAAUCUAUUAUCUCGACGGACUAUCACCAAAAUGAAGUCAGUCGCCGCUCUUGCGCUAUCUUGUGUCUCGCUUCUUCUGAUUGCGGACACGAGCGUUGGACAAGGGCAGAUAUAUUGCGGGAGACGGCUGGCGGAAACGCUCGCGUACCUUUGCGACAACCCUCUCAUAAACAGACCAGGUCUGAUAAUAAAACGCACGAGCUACGACACUAUAAUGUCCGACGACUUCGCCUGGCCGUGGAUCCCGCACCGUCAGGCGAAGGGGAUGAGAAACAAACGCCAGACCGUCACCUCCGAGUGUUGCGACAAACCCUGCACUCUCAACGAACUAUUGACGUAUUGCUCCUAUUGAUUUUAAAAUGGUGUUUAAAAAGAGAUUGUUUAUUUUGAUCUGAGACAAGUCAUUAAAAUCCGCUGUCACAAUGCUAUAGUUCAAUUAAAUUAUGUGGUUUCGCAUUGUUUCACUGCAAGUGUAGGUCAGACUAGAGAGCAAGAGAAUUAAUGUAUUUAUCGUAUUAACAAAUUAUUUUAUUAAUAAAUAUUGAAAAUUGUCCGAAGCAUAACUCUGCCUACACGUAUAUUGGGCAGAGUUGUAAUGUAAUGAGCGUACGCGAAAGGUUUUGAACAUUAAUGCCAAUAAGUAAGGUGUUAAUUUGAUUGAUGAUUUAUAACACUUACGUCAAUGAUAUAC